AUGGCUGCCAUCCGUAAGAAACUCGUCAUCGUUGGAGAUGGGGCGUGCGGGAAGACGUGCCUUCUGAUCGUGUUUAGUAAAGACCAGUUCCCGGAAGUCUACGUCCCUACGGUGUUUGAGAACUACGUGGCUGACAUUGAGGUGGACAGUAAACAGGUGGAACUUGCUUUGUGGGACACAGCCGGACAGGAAGACUACGACAGACUGAGACCUCUGUCCUACCCAGACACAGACGUUAUAUUAAUGUGCUUCUCCAUCGACAGCCCUGACAGUUUAGAAAAUAUCCCCGAAAAGUGGACUCCGGAAGUAAAACAUUUCUGCCCCAAUGUGCCCAUCAUCCUGGUGGGGAACAAGAAGGACCUGCGUAAUGACGAGCACACCCGCCGGGAACUGACGAAGAUGAAACAGGAGCCGGUCAAGCCGGAGGAGGGGCGCGACAUGGCCAACAGGAUCUCCGCUUACGGCUACAUGGAGUGUUCGGCAAAGACAAAAGAUGGCGUCCGAGAGGUCUUCGAGCUGGCCACAAGGGCGGCUCUGCAAGCCAGACGUGGCAAGAAGAAAACCACGUGCCUUCUCAUCUAA